AUGUCUACGACAACAACAGUUAGUGGUGGAGGCAGUGGUCUGUCAAUACAGAGUAAUGUAAAGACUGAUGCAGACAACUUGUUGAUCUUCAUCAAAGACUAUACCUUUUACAGAUCAGAUAGAGCUCUAUGGUACUUUAAACAUCUAUUGUCUACUAAUUCAAAUAUAAGAUAUUUAGAUAAAGAUGAUUCAAUCAUUAUAUUAUAUGUAUCAUUGUCAGAGAGUGGAACUAUACUAGAUCUACAUAGAAAACAUAUAGAUGCCCUAAGAGGUACUUUUAGACGAUUCGAUCAUAGAAGUGGAAGAUUAAAAAGACUACGAUCAGAACAAGAGUUGGAUCAUCGUAGCAAUAACGGUGAUGAUUAUGAUUAUUCAGAUGACUCUGAUUCUUCAAGUAGCAGUAGUAGAAGUAGUAGCAGAGGAAGUAAAAGUGGUAUUAUACAAAGAGAUUCAUUCAAAAAAGAAUCACCAAAAGAUGAGCAAGACGAAUCAUCGUCAUCAUCAUCAUUGGUUGCUAAUACCAAUGGUGGUGGUCAAGAGACAAUCAUGGAUGUUGAUAAGGAUCAAGACAAUAAUGACAAUGAUCAAGAUGAUCAUGAUCAUGAUGACGAUCAAGACGACGACGACGACCAAGAACAACAACAACAUUAUAGUGACAAUGAAAGUAAAGAUGGAUCGGCAGUAGAUGAACAAGAAGAAAUACAUACAGUGACAGUAAACGAACAAAGUCAAUACCAUAACCUACCAGUCAUAUCAAUGACUCCAAAGACACAAAUAUCUCUUCUAUCUUCAGUGUAUAUGCUCGUUUUCUAUCUCGAUCUUUCACCAUCAAUGUCUUCAAUCGAUCCAGUCACUGGUACCAUUCUCAUCGACUAUGUAUUCCAAUCUUUACAAUCAAUAUUAUUAUCAUUGGCAUUACCAUUUGAAACAAAUAAUUUAAAUGUAAGACACAUAUACAAUAUUUUUGAACCAAGUAUUUAUGUAACUGUUAUGGCUCAAGGAAUUCAUCCAACUUUUAAAGUAAUUACUCAAUGUGCAUUGGUGAAUAGCGAUACUGUCUUUGGACUAUUGGACGAGAUAGAAGAGGAAUUGGCACAAUUUGAGGAUCAAGUGGCACAGGCAUUUGCAGCAAACGAUGACAUACCAACAACUGAUUUGACAACCAUGUUUUCACACUGUCAACUGGCACUAUCGGUCAUGCCCGUUGGAGCAUGUCCAUCAAUCACAAUCAUCACCGAUGCUGUCACAUCAAUGGGUGACAAUGAUCUAAAGAUAUUUGACAAUUCAAUCAUGAUGUUUAAUCGUAAUGAUAUUGCUUGUAACAUUGUACAAGUUGGUAGUGGUGUUUACAGUCAUGCUGAUUUUGGUUAUACUCCUGAUACUGAUAUAUUAAAAUUUUUGACAGUUAGUACACAUGGAUCAUUUUUCGAUCAAUCAUCAUUACCAGUAUUCCCAAAGAAUGUUGAGAAACAAUGGUACAAGAAUGGUAAGCGAGAUAGAUUAUCAUUUAUAUUUUCAAAUAGUAGUAGUAGUCAUUCUACUCACAAAAAGGGAGGAGCAAGUUUAAAAAACAACAAGAACAAGAAUCACCAACAAAGUUUGAAUGAUCCACAAAGACAAUUGGAACUUGAACAACAACAGCAAUCAAAUAUUGAAAAGGUUAUUGAAUUGCAGCAUUGUUUCCUAGUGAGAGAGUUUUCACCCAACAAAUUACACUCUAUCAUUAAUACAAGUCAUCAACAUCAUCAUCACGGUCACAAUCAACAUCACCAUCACCAUCACCACCACCACCACUCUUCUCAUCAUCAUCUACCAAACUAUUUUUAUAGAAUUGAUAGAAUGAGUCAGUCGUCGUCGUCUUCAUCAUCUACAUCAAUGACAGUAUCUCUAAAGUCAAACGUAUCACCAUCCUCUACGGUAACAUCAGAGGAUCUUAAACCAACCAAUAUCCAUCAAUAUGGUCAACAGCAAACCACACUGAUGGUUGACAAACAACAAACAUUUAAUCUAUACCCAUCCAAAUCAACUUCCAAAGAGAAUACAGCUAUUGCCAAUGAAACCUAUAGUAGUAAUAUGGCAACUAUCCAAACUUUGAUGGCUGUUGAUUAUCCAUUCCCUUGGAUUGGUGCACCUCCCCAAGUUCCACUUCUCAAAGCUGCCGUCAAAGAUUACAAUGUCGAAGUUGAUGUUUUAAAACUAUUGGAUCUACGUAUUAGAGAAGGUUUCAAUGUUAAAUUAGUUUCUUUAAAAAAACCAGAUUCAGAAUUAGGAGUUAGUUUAUUAUUUAAUUGGUUACCAAAUAUUAAAUUAGAAUAUAGAAUCAAGUUUUUAGGAGAUGCAAUUGAUCAAUCAUCGUCACACCACGGUGGCAAAGAUCUUAACCAUCAUGCAUCGUUUUCACAAAAGUUAAAUGUUAGGGUGGCCAUUGAUAUCAUUGCAUACUAUGAAUUUCUAAGAGAGUAUACUGGAGCUGGAAGUGUUCCCAGCUCAAGCAAGAGAACAUCGACGUCGCAAUCGGUCAUCAAACUACAACAAUUUAUCAAUUCCAUUAUUGACAAGGACAAGCUAUUGUCACUCAUCUUUUUGCAAUGUCAACCCUCUACAGUGCCGCCAGUCACCACCAUCAACCCUAUUCAGGCACAACAGACACAGGCUACCUCCUUCCUCAAGAUGUUGAACCAUCUUGGAAGCUUUUCGUCGUGGGAGAAAUGGUUGCGUGCUGAAUCGAUCAGUGUCGUCCUCUCGCCAACCAUUGCUCUUGCAACUGCACCGUGCACGCAGCAGUCGGUCAACUAUGUCAUACGGUACGACGCGUCGCGUAAUCAGCUGCUCAAGCAUUGCUCGAAAUGGGCAAAUCAUACAUUCAACAUGAACUAUGGACAUUUGUUUAGGGAGUUGUCCUCGAUCGUUUUACCCAUCUCUUCGUUUGAUGUCGAUGAGAUGGAGGAGGAGUUGAGUGGUGACCUCAUGCACGACAUUGAUCGUCGAAAGCAGGCUUCGCGCAUGCUCGGAGGUGACGACCAAACCUCUGGUCGAGACGUCCAUGCCAUCCGUCCCAUCGAUCGUGAGUUGCGUCGUAUCCUCGUAAAGUAUGAUUUCGAGGUGACACACAAUACUUCGGCACUCAACAACAGUCCUACGUCGAGCCCGGCAUUCUCACCGUCUUCGAUGAGUUCACUUCCGUCGAGCACGUCGUUGACAUCGAUUCCACAAAACAUGAGCAAUAGUUCUUCUUCACACGGUGGUGCUCACCACCAACGCAGUGCUUCUACAUCGGCUAUUGGCAAUAAUAAUAAUAUGAACAACAUGUCAUCUGCCACCCAUAUUGCACUAUCACAAUCUUCGUCUGCCACCAACCUACACCAACAACAAUCGUCACGAUACAGUGUACCAUCCAUCUCAAUUCCAAAUGGACAACAACAACCAAAUGGUUCAGAGAAAUCACCACCAACUUCUGCAAGAGGACAACAACAAAGUCAAAGUCAACAAAGUCAACAACAACAACCACAAUCUCAAGGUUCUCACCAACCAUCUCAACAUCCAAGCUCGAUUCAUUCAUUCCAUUAUCACCAACAUACACCUUAUAUGGUGUCACCUGAUCUCAAAAACUACUUGUGGAGUCAUAGAUGGGUGUAUGAUCUCGGUGAUACCAAGACUUGUGAACAUGCCAUUGGAUUCAUUGAUGUUUGUCUCAAUAGCGACGAUGCCGAUACUCCUGUAUAUACUACACUCCAAUAUAUCGUAUACCUACGUUCUCCUCAUUGUUUGGUCAUUGAGUUUUGGAUGGAACCUCAAAAAGGUUAUUUAUCUUCAUCAUCUAAUCCAAAUUGUAUACUUUAUGAAAAAGAAUUAUUUAUAUUAUUUAAACAAUGGAUUGAAGAAGCAGAUGGACAUAUUGUAUCUGCAAUUUGUAGUUUUAGUGAUUUAUUAUCGAUAUCUGUAUCAUCUGAUCCUGUAAACGAACUUAAAUCAAUUCUAUACCCAGAACAUAAUUUAUCGCUACCAUUUAAAUGUUCAAUUCAUUCACCUGUCUAUCGAAUCACAGCAAUGAAACCUAAACUAUGUCUUGAUGCUCUCAUAUCAUUUUCAACAGAAACUCAAAAAAUAUUUUCAAUCAUUCAUAUACCAAAUAAUAUUUCACCUGAACAAAGACAAUUAUCAAUUAAAUCAAAUAUUAAAUUAUAUUCGGCACUUGGUGAAAUUAUUAAAGCUAUGAAUUCAGUUGAAUUACCUGCCGAUUCAUUUUCACAUAGUUGUAGAUUAAAAGGUGGAAGAUGUUUUAUCAAACCUACCAACAGCACAGAUUUUGUAUUUACAUUCCUUCAUCCUCAUAACCUUGAGAGUAAGGAUAUUGAAUCAAAGAAAUCUUUCUGUAUUUCAUUCUAUGAAUGUUCUAUGAAAGGUUUUAUUGAUGUUGAACAUUCAAAACAUACAAUGGAUUAUUUAUUAAAAAUAUUUAAUAUUAAUGAAUCACAACAAUCAACAUCAUCAUCAUCAUCGUCAAUGGACAAGAACAACGAUGAUAUGAAUAAUAAUAUUAAUCCUGCCACUACUACAUCUGUAACAACAACAAGUAGUAAUAGUGAUGAUAUACUUCAACUAUAUUAUCAAAAGAAAAAGAGUAUCUAUCAUGAAAGUAUUCAUCAUACCACUCCACAACUUAAUUCUACCAGACAAUAUAUACGUUUGGUAAAGAGUGGAUUUGAAAGAGCAUACCUCAAGGCAUUAUACACUAAUCUUCGUGAUAAAACCCCAACCGAUCCAAAUGAUGUAAACAAUGGUGUUACUGCUUGUAAAGAAUAUAUUGUUGAUAUUGACGUAUCACAAUUAAUUAAAAUAUUGUAUAAAUCAAAGAAUGAUGGAGAUGUGAAUGAAUAUUUGAAUGGAAAAUUCUCUGAACAAGUCAUGUUUGGACAAUUUGGAAAGGUUGAAGGAACGGAAUUGUAUUACUAUGAUAGACAACACAAAGGUGCAGGUGAACAAGAUUCGUCAUACGAUGAGGAGUUACUCAACAGCGACGACGACAAUGAUAUUUAUCGCGAUGAUGAAUUUGAAAACAUGCGAACCGAAGAGGAUGAACAAGAGGAAACUGGCGUAGAUUCAUCGGUCGAAAGAGAAAGUACAAUGGUCGAUGAAACUUAUCCAGACAGUGACUCUGAAAACUCAAUUGACAAUGGCACCGGUACUAAUACUGGUACUCCAACCAGAGUCAAUAGAACCAUGUUUAACCACUCUUCACCAUCUUCACACAAUAAUAAUCACCAUGCCAAUGCUAUCGAUUCUGCAUUACUAGACAAAAAGAUUGAAACAUUGCUGGGUGACUUUGAACAAGACAUUGAAAAGAGAUCGUCUUUGUUUGGGUUCUUCCCAUUCCCACUGUUUGUAAAGAUGGAGUUGAUAUUGUUCCAUGCCAACUCGAGAUACCAGUCUUCGGGAUUAGAGGGAGACGACAGCUACAGUUUGUCACUCGACUCGCUCCAUCCCUACCAGUACCGUGUUACCAUUGGUGGUGACGUGCGAUCCAAUGUCUACAAUGACGACGAUAUCCCAACGAUUGAGUUUGAACUAGAGUCUUCGCAAGACUCUCUACUCUCUAUGCACCGUUGCAAGCAUCGUUACAGUCCAUUCGAUAUCAAAGACAGGAUAUCCGUACAGUUGACCCAGGUACUUCGACGAAUCAACCAGUUGAUCCUACUCAACCAACUGUUCCACGAACGUUCGUGUAGUCCAUUGUUGCUUCCUCCAGUUGAAGCACCACCUCCCUCUUCGUCGUCGGCAAAGGGUGGUCCACACCAAAACUCACCAUCAUCAUAUAAUGACGCUGCAAAGAGAAAGAAAGCGUUCAAACAUGGAGAGUUUGCGUGUCCGUUGGUGUAUUCGAUGCAGUUACCACUCAAUGAACGUUUGAGUCCGUCCAAUGCUAUUCGUAGUUUGAUCAGUAUUGCAUUACAUCCAUUUGCAAUAACGAAUAGAAAGUAUAUGUUUGUGUAUCGUGAGCGUGGAGGAAAUACUUUUUACCUUAAACUCAGCGAGCCGACCACAUCUGCUUCCUCUGGCUCGGGAUCGACAGUGACCGAGUCACCAUUUACCUCGCCAUCACCUACCCCAUUGCAAUCGCCGAGACACUCACCGUCGCCAUCACCAGGUACCUCUCCACCAAAAGAGUCUAUGAUGCACAAUGCUCGUCCGAGUGCUCCGUCGUCCAGUUCCAUCUCUCCCCAUUUGCAAAUGUUGGCUGCUACAACACCACCCCAGCAAAAACUACCUGUUUGUCGAAGUGUUUGGUGUUGA